UAAGAAGGAACCUUUCUCGCGCUGUUAGGACAUGUACGGAACUCUUGAAGGGUACACACAUUAAUGACGUUAAUGCUAGCAGGAGGUACAGCUAAGUUAGCCUCGCCGGCUGACAAUAGUUCACAUUGUUUAUCGCAUCAGUUUACUGUCAAUGCCAUAUACUUAACGGCUGAAGAGCUGCAUGACAGUGACGGUGCUUUCUGCGUGCCACUGUUUGGUGAAACAUUCAUGCGGCUGAUGUGCUAAAGAAAUGAGAGGAGGAGUGUGUGUCAUCUGACUGCUCUCGGUUUCGCCAUGGAGAAGCCCUGGAGGCUGUGGGGGGCAAUCGAGCGUUGCACCCUGACUCUGGCCUCCUGGUCCUGGGGUGCUUGUCGAGUCUCCCUUUUGGCCCUCAUCCUCACCUUCCACCUGUAUGGGGGAUUCUUCCUUCUAGCUCUUAUCCUGGCCUCUGUGGCAGGCAUUCUCUACAAGUUUCAGGACGUGCUCCUCUAUUUCCCAGACCAGCCCCCCUCCUCUCGCCUUUAUGUUCCCAUGCCAACAGGAAUCCCCCAUGAGAAUGUGUACAUUCGCACCAAGGACGGUGUGAAGCUUAACCUCAUCCUGCUUCGCUACACAGGAGGUGACCAGCCUUCUGGAGUCAACCCUGGCAAUCAAAGCAGCCCCACUUCCUCUGCUCCUCCUACCAUCCUUUAUUUUCAUGGUAAUGCAGGUAAUAUUGGCCACAGGGUGCCAAACGCCCUGCUGAUGCUGGUCAACCUGAAAGCCAAUGUCGUGCUGGUGGACUACCGUGGCUACGGAAAGAGUGAAGGCGAGCCCAGUGAGGACGGGCUGUUCCUGGAUGCCGAGGCCACACUGGACUACGUGAUGACCCGUCCUGACCUGGACAAGACAAAGGUUGUGCUAUUUGGCCGCUCACUGGGCGGUGCUGUAGCCGUGCGCUUGGCGUCGGUCAACCCUCACCGCGUCGCCGCCAUCAUUGUUGAAAACACCUUCCUCAGCAUCCCCCACAUGGCCGCUACGCUCUUCUCCUUCCUGCCCAUGCGCCUGCUGCCCUUGUGGUGCUAUAGGAAUCAGUUCCUGUCCUAUCGACAGGUCGCGCUGUGCCGCAUGCCCUCGCUGUUUGUGUCUGGUCUGUCGGACCAGCUGAUCCCACCCGUCAUGAUGAAACAGCUUUAUGAGCUGUCUCCCACGCGGACUAAACGUCUUGCUAUCUUUCCAGAGGGCACACACAACGACACUUGGCAGUGUCAGGGCUACUUUGCUGCCUUGGAGCAGUUCACAAAAGACCUGCUGAAGAGCCAUGCACAUGAGGAGAGUGCUCAGCCCUCAUCUAGUGUCACCAUUAUCUGAAAAAAAUCAUUUGAUUGUUGACUUCAAGCGAUGAGGUGGAGUAAGUGAUGGCUGUCAAAGGCUCUUUUAUUUGGAAAGAAUGUACUUUUUCUUUUUCAUUUCGCUCUUUCUACCUUUCACUUCCUGUAAAUAUAUUUUUAACAUAAUUUGACUAUCAUGGCGCUGGAGGGCAACAAUCCCCUCAUGGCUUAUUUUGUGUUGUUGCUAUGAAGGUGUGUUUUUGCCCUUAAACGAAUGAAGCCAGAGUACACAUGCCCAAACUGUGAGACAUGCCACAACCGCAGAACACUCUCUGUAAUCAGGCUCUUUAUUAAAUGGGUAAAAAUCCAUGAAACAUUUGCUCAUAGUCUAAUGAUCAUAUGAGCUACUACAAUAUUUCAGUGAAUAGUGAUUUGACUGGAAUUAAAAAAAUACUACUUCUGGUAACCAAAAUAAGACACUGACAAUAUGUAGUUCUCAACUGUAUAUAUCUUUUUGUUCUGUUUUACCUGAGUAGGCUCACAUCUCCUGUGCAGUAACUGAGGAGUAUUGGGAUGUUUGUUUUUUCUGAAAUGGUUGAGGAUCAUCAUUGCAUCUUCCUGGCAUGACAAGACAUAGUACUGAUCAAUUUUCAUAUAUAUAUAGUAUAUAUGGAUAAACUUCAAGAUAUUCUUCUCCUGUGGUUUGUUAAGGAACAUUAUGCUCUUGUGUUUGGUUUUGUUAAUAAAUGAUGGGUGCAGAUUUACACAUGAUCAUAUAUACACUGAAAUAUGAUUGGUUGCUGCAAUCCUCACUGAUCUUGAAGAAAUGUUUGUCAAUUCUAAAUCAUCUUUUUAAUGCAAAAAGAAAAUUCCAAAAUUGAGCAGAGGAUAAUAUGAGGCUUAAACCCUCUCAGUAAGAGGAAUCAAGUGAGUACUUUUUUCUAUUAUGUUAUUGUUUGAACCAAGAAUAGAUUUGAUGUCCAGUACAGAGCAUAAACCGCAAUAGCGUUGCAAAAAUGAUGUGAACCUCUGAAGUAGAAACUUCCCAUGAGCAUGAAUUUUGGGGAAUCAUGUGGAAUGAAAUGGAAAAUUAGUUUGCUGAUAUUUUACUUACUGUUUCAUAUACAGCUAGAAGUGCACCCUUAUCAUAGCAAAGGCAGACACGAUUCUUCCAUCUUACACUAUAGUAUUCUGGUAAACAUUACAUGUAAUGUUCUGCAGUGCAUUUCUUCAAUUGAAUUGGCCUACUUGACACGGCAUUAGACCUAUUGGUACUAUAAAUGUAUCGCCCCGUUGCAACACUUAAAAGGAGGAACAAUAACUGCGACCAAUUUGUGUCUCAACGUACAUGCAAGUACAGUUUUGAUUUGAGUAUUUCCCUUACUCCUGAAACAAAUUUCAACAUAUUCUUUAAGAACUGAGAAAAAACAGUAAUUUUGAACAAUUUUUUUGGGGGUGUUAAAGCCUUUUAAAUGAAUCUCUUCAGCCAUAACUGAUUGUUCAAUUAUGUUUUCUUACUUGCCAGAAACAAACAUCAAGUUGACAAGGUGUUUGUCUCUGUGACCUUAAAACAGCCUCAAGGCUGCUCCGAACAGUUUGUGAAGGUACGAGUGUGCGUUUCAAGAAGUAAUGCAGAGAUGGUCUUCUCUUGUGACUCUUUGCCUCCAGCGGGAAACCUUGGUUUGCAUUUGAUGAUGAUCCAUAAACGGAGCGGGAUUUGUCCCAACAAAUGUUUGUCAUUGUGUAAUCUGAAUUCAGCCAAAGACGGAUUGAGUAACUUGGCUACAGUCACUUUGUUUUACUCACUUCUCCUGUUCUCUUGAUUUAACAAAAGAUGCAACUCAUCAUUCAUUUGAUUUAUCGUUCGGUUGGCUUUUCUUUUCCUAUCCAAAUUGUAUUGGUACUGUCCAAAGUUGACUAAAAGAAAUGAAAUAAAAAUGAAUGUGUUUUCUUUUUUUCUAUAAAGAAAAUAAUUUACCAGGUAUUCUGCAAAUGCACUAUGUAACAUAUUUAAUAUCUUCAUAUGAUUGUUAAUAGUGAAAUGAAUGCUGUCCAAAGUGUGGCCAUAACAUAAAAAAAUUUGCAAGCCGGCAUGUUGAGUCUGUAACGGACCUGAACGUUGACUAUAUUUGUGUUCAUCUAUGACUCACAGAUAAAGAGUCGGACAUGUGAAUGAGUGAUUUAUCCAUUUCACUUACGUAUGUUUCUUUUCUAUUUCAAAACAAUGUCAACUUCUUUUGUAAGUGCACAUUUUCACUUUCUAUUUUCUGUACUGUAAAGCAAUAAAUU